AUGUCCGACGCCUCGCAGCCGAAUGAAACCUCCAAGGCAGCUCCGCUGGGUCUGCCCGCACCUGGAGACGCCACCGCCGACGCUCAGCCCAACGUGAUCAAGCUCGACCAUCUCGGCCCCAUGAUCGUCAACUCGGACGGCACCAUCUCGCGCAUCGCCAACUGGGGCGCCAUGUCGCAGAUCGAAAAGGACAGGUCGCUGCGUCUGCUCGCAAAGCGCAACAACGCCAGGAUGGAGAGCCUCAAGGCGGAUCCCAACAACAACGAGCAGCAGAGCUGA